GGGAGAUAGAAGAGGCAACCUCUUCCAUAAAGAAUUGGGACAGGAAAGAGAGCCACUAAGGCAGCACCCAGAGAAUGGAAGAAGAACUCCUAAACUUGCUGGCAAGGAAGGAGCCCCAAAAGCACACGGCUUUGCUUUCCGGUUUCUGAACUUGGAGCCUCUUGCAUGGGUUCAUUUUUUUUUCUCUUCCCCGUUUUUUUUAAUUUCUACCAGAGUUCUCUUCCCUAGAACUACGAUACCAGCUGCAGCACAUCUGGGCAGGACUGUCCAUCCUUUUGGGCCAAGUGGGGAUCAGGAGAGACAAUCUCAUUGCCUCCCCCACAAACUGGGUAGGAAAGAAUCUUUCUGAUUGAAACCACGCCAGCCCCAGCUGCUUCUCUUUAUGUGGAUACUGCACUUCCCUGGGAUUGUCUGGUUUGUGCAUCUAAGAUGUCUGGAAAAGUUCUCCUGAUGUACCUGACAAUUUGUCCUGUUCUGCAGAUAAGGUCAGAAAGCACAGAGGAAUAUGACUAUGAUUACCUGAGUGUCAAUAAAACCUGGGUCCUGACUCCCAAAGCCCAGGAGACAGACGCCACACAAAUCCUCAACUCACUGCUGAAGAACUAUGACAACAAACUGAGACCUGACAUCGGCAUCAAGCCUACAUUCAUUGAUGUGGACAUCUACGUGAACAGCAUCGGCCCAGUCUCCGUCAUCCAAAUGGAAUACACCAUUGAUAUCUUCUUUGCUCAGACGUGGUAUGACCGGCGCCUUCGCUUUAACAGCACCCUCAAAGCCCUCACUCUGAAUACCAACAUGGUGAGCCGCAUCUGGAUCCCAGACACGUUUUUCAGGAACUCCAAGCGAGCUGACUCUCACUGGAUAACCACACCCAAUCAGCUGCUCAGGAUCUGGAAUGAUGGCAAAGUGCUCUACACACUCAGGCUGACUAUAGAGGCUGAAUGUCUUCUCCAGCUGCAGAAUUUUCCAAUGGACACUCACUCCUGCCCCCUGGUUUUCUCCAGUUAUGGUUAUCCAAGAGAAGAGAUCAUCUACCGCUGGAGACGUUACUCUAUUGAGGUCUCUGAUCAACGCACCUGGAGGCUUUACCAGUUUGACUUCACAGGCCUGAGAAACACAUCAGAAGUUCUCAGAACUGGAGCUGGUGAGUACAUGGUGAUGACUGUUUCCUUUGACCUGAGUAGGCGGAUGGGCUAUUUUGCCAUUCAGACCUAUAUCCCGUGCAUCUUGACAGUAGUUUUGUCCUGGGUUUCCUUCUGGAUCAAGAGAGACUCCACACCGGCCAGAACUUCUCUAGGUAUCACUACAGUGCUCACAAUGACCACCUUGAGCACCAUCUCCCGCAAGCACCUUCCUAGGGUCUCCUACAUCACCGCCAUGGACCUAUUUGUUUCUGUGUGCUUCAUUUUUGUCUUUGCUGCUCUCAUGGAAUAUGCCACUCUCAACUACCUGGUGGGAAACAAGAAACCAUCAGAGCACAACAGCAGGAAAACAAGAAUGCCACCUACCAGUGCCCAUGUGAAGCCCUCUUUCACCACCAUCAACAUCAACAACAACAUGCACUGGCCUCCUGAGAUAGAGGAGGAUGAGGAUGAAGAGUCUGGCUCCCCUUGCCUGGAAGGGAAGGAAUGUGAGAGUUUUUUCUGUUGCAUUGAGGACUGCCAGACAGGGACAUGGAGGGAAGGCCGGAUUCGCAUUCACAUCUCUCGCCUGGACUCCUACUCCCGGGUAUUCUUCCCCACUGCAUUCCUGCUCUUCAACAUUGUGUACUGGAUCGCCUAUCUCUAUCUCUAGCUAUUACUUGUAUGCUGCUGAAGUAAAGGAGAUGCCAGGAAGCUUUGCAAGAAAGGAACAAGGAAAAUGGUGUUUUUCAUUUUAGUCGGUAAUUCUUUUUAAUACUUGUCCACUUUCCCUUUUCCUUACCUCUUUUGAGGAGAACCAGUCAAAAAAAAUUUACCCAAACAAUUUCAACAACAAAAAAUUCCAAGUUUUAUCUAAAAUAAUAAGGACUUGUUAAAAACAGACCCCAGAACAUCUUGUAUUUUUUUUUCAUUAAAAAGUCUCUGGUAAAUCUUGCCA